UAUUAUUUGGCUGCUAAGUUUGUGGUUUACGUUUUUUGGUAGCUUAUAUGCAUAUAUAUUCCUACUAUGAAUGUUUUGAUAUCUGUUAGAUUUUUGGAGCAAUUUUGUUAUGCAGCAUCCUUUAAUUAGAAUGAUUUUGGCCAAGACUGAAUUGUUACUAGAUUUCUUUGAUUAUAGGACGAAUUUCUGAUAACCAUGCUUAAGCUGAAUUAUAUUUGUUUCAUUUGUUGACUGAUUUUAUCUGCCGGCAUUCUUGCAGUUUAUUCCAAGGUUAUGUUUUUAUUGCAGCGGUAUAUAUGUGUUUUUAUGUGUUGUUAUUUAUGUUGGAAGAAGAGCAUGCAAGGAGGACAACAAAAAAAUCCUGCAUUGUAGCAGAUUUUUUUUUUUUUUGGCUGUUGUUUUUGGAUUCUAUGCCAUCUGUCCUGGUCAUUCUUAAUGGGUAUUUUGUUAGGCUCACUUUCCUUCUAAGGACUUGUAUGGUUCUUUUGUUAACAUAGGACUCCAAGUGGUCAAUUAACGAGCUUCGACAAAGUAAUCUUGUUCUUAAAAUGGUACUAAAUGGAAUUCUUUGUUAUUCAUUUUCUCAUUCUUGAUAACAGAGAGAAAAGUAGCAGAAAGUUUUGAUCUUGAUGGAAUCAAGGGCAAUACUUGCCACUGGCUUUGGACCGAGGAAGUGUGCAAAGAUAGGGCAGCCCCUCAAGGAUCAGAUUAGUCGGCUUCCAGAUGAAAUUCUUGUUUAUAUUCUGUCUUGCCUAACGCUAAAAGAAGCUGCCAGAACAAGUGUUCUUUCAAAGCGUUGGAUAGAUCUAUGGAGGUCCAUGGCUUGCCUUGAUUUUGAUGCUUCAAAAGUGCUAAAGAAGAUGUUCUCAAUAUCCAGCUGGGGAAGGUAUGCGGACUUUGUUAGAAAGGAAAGGUGUAAGUAUGUUGAAUGGGUUGACAAGGUGCUGCUUCAAUCAGACAAGUCCUUGGCAUUAGAUGAUUUGAGAGUUGCUUUUUGUUUGGACAAUUUUUAUGGAGACAAGAUUCAUAAAUGGCUUCAGCAUGCAUUUGCAAGGAGAGUGCAAAGGCUAGAAUUGAACCUGUUUGCAGAUGAUGACCCGCCUUCUUCUCAAGAAUCAUAUACUUUUCAUUAUGAACUUUUUUGCCUUAGCAGUGGUCAAUCUCAACCUGGUUACUCUGAAAUCCAUCAUCAUGCACAGAUUGGCUUCAAGUCCCUUAGAGCAUUGAGUUUGAAAAGUCUGAAUGUAACUGGGGAGGUACUGGAAUUCUUCUUGAUCAAUUGUCCAUUUCUUGAGCGCCUGGUAGUGGAGGCCUCUUCAGUUUUGAUCAACCUUCGAGUUUGUGGUCCAUCUAUUGCCUUGAAAUAUCUGGAGGUAUGCUGCUGUUUGAUGUUGCAAUCCAUUAUUGUCAGCGACACAAAUUUAGUCUCCCUUAAAACUACCGAAGCACACCAUCUUGUACUUCAGAACGUCCCCAUGCUUGUGAAUGUAUGGGUUUCUGGGAAUUCCCGUAACUUGGUCAGGGAUGUUACUUCUUGGCUUUCUUGCUGCUUGUCAAAACUAGAGGUUCUUACUUUACGUGCCAACAAGUUUCAAGUUUCACAGGAAAAAGGAAUUGUUCAUGAGCUUCCUCAACUUACUAAUCUGAAGGAGUUCGUCUUAAUAGCUUCUGCAUCAAAAGAUCACAGUUUGAUUGGAUUUACUUCUUUGAUCAGGGCUUCGCCCAACUUGGAGAAGUUUGUGCUGAAGCUGGAAUCGUGGUGGGAUGAUAUGGUCAGGCGAGAUAGAAAGUUGAAGAAAGCUGCUAGCUUUCCGCUCCAACAUCUGAAAGUGGUUGAGUUGCUUGGAUACUAUGGUCGCAGAAGUGAACUUGAACUUGUUGAAUACUUCCUCGAAAACGCUAUUGUCCUCGAGAAACUUAUAAUUGACCCUCGUGAUCCUCGUAAUGUCACUUGGCCCAAAACGCGCAAGGAAAGAAAGCAGGAAAAGAAGCAGGAAAAGUUAGCUAGAAUUUGUGCCAAGCAACAGAUCGAGGGAUUAAUACCUUCACAUAUUGAAUUUUCGAUUCUAUAGUUGCAAACAGCAAAUGCAGCUAAAUUUAGGUUCAUGUACAAUUAGUUUUAGCGAUUGCUUUUAAGUUAUCUUAUUUAUAUCUGUGUUCCUUAAAAUGUUCAGUAGACUACAAUAUCUUUUUUUUUUUUUUUUUUUUUUGUGAGGAGGUUAAUCAAGUGGUUUUGGUCAUCUGUAAGACAUUCCUUGUUGGCUUAAAUUUUACCAAUACAAUAUGAAGGUGGUGAUAAAGUUACGAACAGUA